AUGAUUGCAGCAGCAGUAGCUGCGUCCAUGGAAAAGGCUUUGGCUAAGUCGUUCCAAUUGGAACAAGACACAUCUAAGCCCAUUCCCAAACGGGCUCAUUAUGGGGCGGAAUCUGAAGACUCUGAUUCCUCCAGGGAACGCUCCCACCCCCCUAAGCACCAUUGGAAAGGCGAGGCUAUGGGACCACGUAAAUCCAAAGGAAAGGCCCCUGCUAAACGCAGACAAGACACGAGCAGAUCGUCCCAAAAACCCACUCAGGCUUCCUCUAUGGAAGAGGACGCAGGUCCAUCACAUGCUCUAGCCGUGGUUGAUGAAUGGCAGACGGCUGCCUCCGACCAGGAGGAGUCUGACUGGGACUCCGCUGCCAAGACUGACCCUUAUCUCAUAGGGGAACAGACCCUGGGUGAGCCCCAGGACUCCGUGGCCACAACAAUGGACACCCCACAAGAGGGUUCAGAAAUAUUCCUGGACAAUUUUGGCCUCUGA